GCAUGCUUGAGAUGCACACUGCCAUCCAGCUGGGUGAGGACUGCGAGCUUACCAUCCUCAUGCCCCCGGAGGAAGAGGAGCGCUGGACCAUGAGUGUCAUCAAUGGCAAUGGCCUACAGGUCAUCUACAAAACCCUCCGGGAGGCAUCGAUUACGACGGCGCGCGCCAGUGUCGAGGCAGACCGGUCGAACAUACUGCGCCUGGUGGAAGGUCAGGGCAUCCUCACCUUCGACGAUCAAGUCAAAAAGCAUCUCCAAGGCUGGUUCCUACACGCCGCGAGCGCGCAUGUGAAGGAGCUACCGCUGAAGAUGCUCGAAGCUUGCGCCCAGGUCGGUAAGCUCCUCAGCAAGUUCUCUGCCCUGGAGGAGGCAACCUCGGUUCUGAACUUGGGCAUGACGGCCAAAGGCGCCCUGCUGGACUGGCAGUCUGCAAGCUCUUUCUCGUCUGCCUCGGCCUUCGCUGACGUGGUCGGGGACCUUUGGCACGAAAAGGCUUGGCUCCAGCAUAAAAGAGGUCAACGCGACGAUGCUGUGGACCUUUACUCGAAGGGCUUGGAGGAACUGGACCACCUGGCGCCGGAAGAGCCGGCACCGGCCUCCAGGUCGAGACUGUACAGAGGGCGCGCCCGUGCCAUGAUCGGGGAUGAGGCGGACGAGCUGUUCGUCUCUGAAGCACCACCUCCAGCUAGCCUCGAGCAGGCCUGCCAGGACUACCAGGCUUCCCUGGAGAUCCUCCAGAAGAAGGGCUUGGAGGAGACCGAAGAUGGUGCAAAGCUUUACAACAACCUCGGCCUGGUCCACUCGCUGCGAUCCGACUUCGCCACGUCCGCCCGGAUGUUUGAGUCCGCCGGGCGUAUCCGAGAAUUGACAGCGACCCUUCAGACGCCGAUGAACGCGCGGCGCCUCUACAAUUUGGGAUCCAUGCGCCUGAAGCAAGGGCGCACCACUGGGGAGGAGAUGCACUGGGAGCAUGCCGAGAAGCACUUCAAAGAAUCGCUUACCAUCCUCCAGGAGUGUGGCCUAACCCAGCCGUUUGCGGAUUUGUGCCGGCAGAAGCUGGAGUGGAUGGCU